GGAAUGUGUUAAAAUAAAGCACGACGUUUCGGUCGCAACACAAGCGUCCGUCUUCAGAGGUCGGACGCACGCGCCCUGGGUGCACGUGUGGGGCGGUAGCCGGCGCGACUCCACGAGGCGACCCCAACUCCCUCGGGCUGCUACAACUCCACAAACUACAACUUCGCGCACACCUUCAAAGCGUUCAACGUCACAUUCGACGCACGCACGCACUGAACGCCGUCGUCGUCGGCGGCUCCCGCGCACGAGGAUGCGACGCGGGCCGAGGUCGGCGCUUCGAGACGAGGCAGCAGCAGCAGCAGCCGGCGGCGGCAGCAGCAGCCGCAUCUCCUCCUCCUCCUGCUGCGUCCAAGUGACCUUGGUGCGGCGCGGCUCGGCCUCGUAGGUCUUCACCCUACUCAGCCAAGGCUCCUAGCCAGCAUGGCGUCGCUCGGGAGCCGGCAACUCCUCCUGACUCUUGCUGUGGCUACAAGGCGUCGGAUGCCACCCUCCUCGGUCAUUCGUGUCCGGGCGUCCACGGCGACAAGCGGCCGCAAUAUUGACGGGGAAGUUGUAAUUGACGGGCUCGGUGGUCCUAGUCUCUACUCGUGUGCCAAGCAUCGUCUUCACCCAAAAGCAGCUCCUUCUCGUACCUCCCAGACGCUCGGGAACUCGGCUACUCGGGUGCCCGUUGUGAUGCCGAGGGACUGCUCGAUCCCCCCGUCCAGGAGCUACUCACUGAGCAGCAGGAGCGCCACGUCAGAGCUAGACGCGGUGCAGCAGGUCCUGUCCGCCUCGGGCCAUGUGUGGAGGGAGGAAAUGGACGAAGCCGAUUGCUACGACCCCCGUGUGGACCCGCGCCGUUUCCAGCGCGUGUCCGACGACUACGUGGAGCUGUGCUGCUGCCCCGAAGACGCGGGGUCGGCUCCGGUGUCGCUGGACGAGGCGCAGGCCGUGCUGGCUGAGCUGCUGUGCAGGCGGGAGCACGCCCACGCCGGCGAGCUGCUCGUCUGCCUGCAGGCCGUCGGCGGCGUAGAAGCCUGGUACCGCCGGACCCUGCACAGGGACGGCCACUUCAAAGUUCUCCUCGGCCUAGUGUCGAGCAAGGUGGGCGACAUGAACGACCAGGAGCUGGUGGACACCCUGACGGUGCUCUGCCGCACCGGACUGAGCCCCACGCACCCCCUGUACGCCAAGUGCGAGGCAGAGCUGUGCCGCCGCGCCGACGACAUGAGCUUGGAGCAGCUGCUGCUGGUGGCCGACGUUUGGAGGCUGGUCGGCUACCGCGCACCUCGCUUCCUCGAGCUUCUGUUUGCGCGCGCGAUGCGGGACUGGGCCGGGCUGAGCCGGCCCUGCACGGUGCAGCUGCUGUACAUCGUGGGCGAGAACCGCGGCGCGCCGGAUGGCCUCGUGAACAAGCUGGAACAGCUGGUGGUGCGGCACGUCGGCGAGAUGACUGCCGAGGAGGUAGGUGCCAGCUGCCUCGCGUUCUUCAAGUCGCGCCACAAGGUGUCGGCGCAGACGAUGCAGCAGAUCGGCGACAAGGUGACGGCCGAAAUGCGCAACAUCAGCAACUUCGGUCUCAUCGGGGUGCUCAAGCUGUUCCGGCUCACGCACUUCGACCACGUGCCCUUCCUCCGACGCAUGUGCACUGUGGUGCCGACGCGCUUGCCCGACCUUGGGGUACAGGGCGUGAUGCACGUGGCACUCGCCUGCGCCGCGCUGCACUACCUGGAUGAGCCGCUGAUGCGUGCCUUGGCGGUGCAGGUGAAGAAGCGCUCCAGCUUCGGCCGGAGCAAGGACCUCGCCAAGCUGCUGUGGGCAUUCGGGUCGCUGGCGUGCGAGCUGCCAGGCGCCACUGAGGACAUGUAUGCUGCGCUGGUGCAGCUGCUGCGGGAGCGCAGUGCGCAGUUUGAGCGCUACCCCCGGCACAUGGUGACGGCGCUGCUGGCGCUCGCGUUCACCGGCCGCUUCCCCCAGGACCUCUUGAACGAAGUGCUGAGCCCGCACUACAACAACCUCCUUGAGCAGAGGACCAAGGAGGAAAUGAGGGCGGACCUCUACACGUUGGACGCGACGGUCGGCCUGGAGUGCCCGGGCUACGCCGGGAACCGACUGGACAGAGUCACACGGCAGGAGAUGUGGCACAUGAUGCAGAACAAGCUGACGAUGGCGGCACUGACGAGGCCGGAGGUGAGCAAGGCGCUUGAGGCGCUGGCCGUGGUGCUGGGCGGGAGCCACUUGGCACAAGCUCACGCGGUGCUCCCGCACUCUCGAUCCUAUGACAUUGAGGUUCACUUCGACGAGAGGGGGCGGCCCGUGCCCUUUGUUGCAAAAUACGUCGAUGGCGAGCAUUUGAUGGCCAUUGCCGGGAAGCAACAUGAGCCGCCUCAGCGGUUUGAAACGCAGCCAAAGGAGGUGAAAAUCGCAGACGAGCUCAUCUCAAAGUUGUUCAGGGGAAAGAGUGCGCGUGCCACUCGCGGCGAUCCAAACGUUCGCUCCCAAAGCAGCCCGCUUGUCGAGUCCCUGACCAGGGCGGCUGGCCGGGUGCCCCUCACGGCCAGCCUCGUGCAGGCGCUCACCAACAGGGAGCUGCCGGAAAGUGGAACGUCCCCAGAUAGUGUCUGUGUGAAUGAGCGUGCUACUUCACAAUAUCAUCAUCAGCAGCAGGGCCCUGUGAGAAAGGUGGCCAUGCAAGUGACGAACCACAACAACUACCUGUACCGCAUGCAGAGGCACACGGGGCUGCAAGCCAUGAAGCGACGGCAGUUGCUGCUUGAGCGGCUACACGGUGGUGGAGAUCCCCUACUGGGACUGGAUGCCAAUGCUCAAUGAGCCCUUGGAGAAUCGAGUGGCCUACAUUGAGAGGAAACUGAAUUUUUGUGGGGUGGAGUGACAGGUGUGUGAGGAGACAUGAGAGGAGAAACUCGUGCCAAACAGAUGUCGGCGAUCAGCCGGAAGUUAAGUCCAUGGGCAUGUGGAUAACAUCUUCCAAGGGUCUUUAAGACAUAGCAGUACUGACUAUCAGGUUCACGGACAUUGCUGUGCAAAAGCUUGGAUUAUUCCUGUGUAUGCAUGGGUUCUCUCUGUAUACUCUGGUUUUCUCCCACAUUCAAAAAAAUGUUGGUGAAGCUUUCCUGAAUAAAAAUCCUUUUUUUUUUCAGGCCUUUGUCAAUCCACUGCUGGAUGAAGGCCUCCUCGUGCCUUGUCGAUCAUGGGAAUUGUUUCACCAAUCUUCAUACUGGUGUGUGCAGGUUGGUGAAGGGUGUGGAGGAAGAUGCAGGAUCCUUUUACAUAUUGCUUGCCACUGAUGUUUGCCGUGGCUGGGAAUCUACCUCAGGUCAUGGAGUUCAUAGUUAAUUCCACUAACCAUGGCACCAGUGUUCCACAGAAUGACACUAUUUAUGUAUUCAAAUACUACUGUCCAUCCAGUGUUAAUCUGUCAUCACUGACCGAUCAGAACACUCUCGUAUUGGUCCAUCAUCACUGACCAGAACGCUCUACGGUGUUGAUGCAUCAUCACGAAUUGCCAUAUUAGAAUUUCCCGCCAAUGCUGGACCAGUCGGCGAGCUCAACUUGGGGAACGUGGGGCAGGUGGUGGAAACGACACGUUAAGUGGGAAAUGCGUUGUAUUGAUUGCGUGGCUGCUUAUGUGAAAUAUAAAGAUGUUAUUUGAACCCCCUUUGGUGUUGAUCUGUCGGCAAUGGUUGUGUGGUGCAUGGUGAGUGUUGCUAGUCUGGUGGGUGAGUGGUAUGAGGUUGGUGGUGAGUGGUCAGUCAUACAAGGUGAUUGGUGAGUUUCUAGUGAGCGGACAAUGUCAGGCGAAUGAUGUGAUGAAUGGUAUCAGAUGAGUCAUGUAAAGUGGCUGGUGAGGCUCAGGUGAGUAUGAGUGAUAUCCAUUGACUGGUAGGUGAGUUACAUCACGGGAACAAAACAUUGAAUGUUUACAUAAUUGGCUGUAUUACACAAGCCCAAAUGACGUAGUGAUGUGAGCAGAUCGAGUUUUAUUUUAUAAUAUGCUUUGUCAUUUCAGAAAUGUCACUCAGUAUGACUUCCCCAAACAGCUGUAGGCACUUGAAUAUCUGUUGAGCACCUAUUGGCUAUUGGUACUGACCAGCAUCUUUCCACAGUGCAUGCAGCCUGCCUGGCAGGAUCUGGCCAGUGCGUUUUACUUGAUCCACCAUUCUUAAUUGUCUGCAUCGGAGCAGACGAUUAAGAAUGGUGGAUCAGGCCGAUACAUCUUCAUGAAUCGAACAAUAAAAACAAGCCACAUGUCCUGGACAUUCUCCUGUGAAGAAGAGCUUCAUAGCUCAUUGGAUUCCUCCAGACUAAAUAAAGAUUAUAAUUCUGAAAAAAAAUAUGCGAUUGUGGACAUGCAAUCACACUACAAACCAUAUAGUAGGUAUGUUGAACUUAUGUUGGAUCAUAUGUAGCCAAGCAUGCUCAUAUAAGGUGUGGGGGAAGGACCACAAACACAAAAAGCAUAAAGAAAUUAGUUUUUAAUCUAGAUGAUUUAAAAGUGCAUAGCUACAGUGACUUCCUAAUAUCGGAAGGAAGAGCCUUCCAUAAUGGAGGUAUUUAUUGGGUUAGAUCGCGUACCUUCCAGUAAACCACGAGACUGCAACUUCUUCAGCAAAGGAAUAGCAAACCUCUUCGAACCUGUUGCUGAAGCCCUGUCGUCGUUGUUAGGUUAGCAGAUCUCAACAUCAACAAGAAUAUAUAUCCAUUGUAAUUUAUAUUAAUAUUCAUCCCUCACUGGUCUUUGCACCUGAUUGACUCACAAAUGAUGACAUCACAUUUAUCCCUCUAAGACCGAAACUGGAGUAUAUGAAUGCCUUGUACUUGCACUACCUAUCAUGAUUUUGUUGUACUGUUUGUUGUUGUAUCGUUCUUACCCACCCCUACUGGACAUCUCAUCGGAUUCCUCCAGGAUAAAUAUUCAGAUUCUGAAAUGUGAAUCCAAUGAUGCCUAAUUAACAUCUGUAAUAAUAAACCGCGUUGCCGCUACCUGCUUUGAUCCAAAUUGCUCACCGUAGCUUUUGGGCUUUUUGGAAUGUACCAAUCGCUGACCGGGGGGACGAUACCAACAGUUUUGCAUUAACUUAACCUGUAACAAGUAUAACCCGUAAAAACAAAGUUUUUCACUAUAAAUCCUUUAUAUGCGUGGCGGCUAGAGUCCUCUCGUCCUCUGGCUUGAGAUGGCUGCCACCUAUGGGUCAGAUGAUUGCAUUGCACCAUUAAGCAAUUGGUAAUUAAAUAUUAUAUUUUUGUCCUAAAAAGUGUAAAAUUUUGGAAAAAAAAUUUCACGAACAUUAAUUGUCACGCACAACGAGUCUGUGUGGAAAAUGUCAGCUCGAUUGGAUCACGGGAAGUGGGUUAAAAAACGACCGAAAGAUUUGCACGGUCCUAAGCAAAGCAAGCAAACUUAAUAUAAAGGAUUAAAAACAAGUAAACCCGUAAAAACAAAGUUUUUCACUAUAAAUCCUUUAUAUGCGUGGCGGCUAGAGUCCUCUCGUCCUCUGGCUUGAGAUGGCUGCCACCUAUGGGUCAGAUGAUUGUCUGCCAGUAUUAAG